GCGCAGUCAUUUGGGUGAGCUGUCCAAGUCCAUCCAAGGAAGUUUUGACGGCUGCUGUUGAGAUCCUUCUCCUAAACUUUUAUCGGUGGAGGUCUAUGAAAAUCAACUUUUAUAACAAUUCCCUGCUCGAGUUGGUGGUAUUUUAGUGAACUAGCUAGAGGAACAUCCGUGUGAGAUAUGUUUCCACGGAGUAGUUUGCUGUUACUACUAACGUAUCUGUGGGUGUCCGUGUAUGGAUUCUCACAGUCUUUAGACAGUGACUUCACUUUCACGCUUGCUCCCGGGCACAAAGAAUGUUUCUACCAAACUAUGAAAUCAGACGCGUCUCUGGAAAUAGAAUAUCAGGUGCUGGACGGCGCCGGCCUAGACGUGGAUUUCUACCUCUCCUCCCCCAACGGCCACAUCCUCGCCAGCGACUUCCGGAAAUCUGACGGCGUUCACACAGUCGAGACCCACGAGGGUGACUACAUGUUCUGUUUCGACAACACCUUCAGCACCGUGUCGGAGAAGAUCAUCUUCUUCGAGCUGAUCCUGGACAACAUGGGGGAGGAGAACAACGAGCAAGAAGAGUGGAAGCAGUACGUGCACGGAACCGACAUGUUGGACAUGAAACUGGAAGACAUUAUGGACACGAUCAACAGUGUGAAAGCUCGUCUGGGGAAGAGUCUUCAGAUCCAGACGGUGCUGCGUGCGUUUGAGGCGCGUGACCGCAACCUGCAGGAGAGCAACUACGAGCGCGUCAACGUCUGGUCCUUCACCAACCUGCUGCUGAUGAUGCUGGUGUCGGGAAUACAAGUCUACGUGCUGCGGAGCCUCUUUGAAGACAAGAGGGCCACACGGACAUAACGCCACAUGACGUCACACCUCAUCUCCUCUCCCUUCCUCGCUCUAUCCCCCUCUCCUCUCCUCUCCUCUGCUCUCCUCUCCUCUCCUCUCCUCUCCUCUCCUCUCCUCUCCUCUCCUCUCCUCUCAUCUUCUCUCCUCUCCUCUCCUCUCCUCUCCUCUCCUCUCCUCUCAUGUUUUUGAGGAGCCUCUUUGAAGGCUAGAGGGCCAAAUAAAACACCACACCGCAUGACGUCACAUCACUCGCCACCCGCCGCUCCCACCUAUCCUGUCUCCCACAAUGCAGCAGGGCCUCAGCCAGGCGUGGAUGGAUGGAUGGAUGGAUGGAUGGAUGGAUGUUUGCUUGGCAUCUCCAAUGCCACCUACAGAAGGACUUGAUGAGUAACAUGCAGACACGCACAUAAACGCACACAUACACACUCACACACACA